GCUAAUUUCUGAACCCGGCUUUCAAUCUCGAACAAUAUCUGAAAUAUAAUUAAAUUUAACUACUUGAAGACUUAAAGUUUCUUAUUAUCAUUGCGUUAAGUAUUAAAUAUUUCAUAUAAAUUGAUAAAUUGUGUGAAUUAAAUCAUGGCAAACGCUGUUCGCAAAAUUUGUACGAAAUUUGGAAACGGUCAUCAGUAUUUGAUGACUAGUAAUAAAGUAUCGACAUACAGUUUUCUAAUGUCAGAUAAAGCAGUUCCUUUAUCAAUUUCACAGAAUGUAACAAAUAUAUCUUACCUCAUAUCACUAUCAGCAAGCAAUCGAAAAAUUGAAAAUAAAUGCUCUUUUGAUGCUAAAUCAAUGAAGUGGUUUAAGGAGUGUAAUCUAACAAAGAAAUCUGAAUUGCCUAUUGAUAAAUUAACAAAUAGGAUAAAUAAAUUUUCAUCAAGUUCAUCUAUACCAACAAAUAACACAAAAGAUUUACCAAGUGCUGAACAGUUACAAUCAAUGCAAAAUAGACUAGUUGAAGAUUUACCAAAAUUAUUCAAGGAAAAUUUAGAUUUUUCUUUUUAUCAUCCCAGCUUGGUGUUUGAAAACAACAUUAGAGGAACGAGGAGCGUUGGCUUACAAUAUUUUAUGACAACAGUAUCUUUGUUACGCGUGAUAGGCCAUUGUAAAUAUGCCUUUGUAAAAUUUGAUGUUUUAAAAGCUACCAAACACCCUGAAGAUGGUACAAUUAAAAUAAGGUGGAGAAUUAAAGGUAUAUCAGGUUUUAAAGUAUUCGUAAAAUUUUGGAAGUUUAAAUUUUGGGACUUGGAAAAUGUAAUAAAGGAUAAUAUAGAAGUGUGGCAUGAUGGUUUUUCAAUUUUUUAUUUGGGCUCAGAUGGCUUAGUACAUAAACUUACUGCAGAUAAAAUGCAACCAGAUAAUACUACUGUUAUAGAACCAAAAAACCCAUUAGCCACAAAACUUGCUUUAUUUUUAGGUUUGACACAACAAGCAAAUAAUUUUAAUUUAAUAUCUUUGGAUGUUAUUGAGCACGCAGAGUUACUAAAUAUGAUAAUUAUGUCAUUAGAAGAUGCAUUUUGAAGAUUUGUAAAAGUAUUAUAUGUAGCUCACGAUUGUUCUAUGUCUGUUAUUGUUGAAUUUGUUUUUUUUUAAUUACUUAUGCUUUAUUGCCUAUUUUCUUAACUUAUUUAUGAAAUAUAGUCAUCUAAAUAAG